GCCCACUUCGCUCAGGAGGAGGACCUGGAAGACGGUGUGUGUUUGAGCCGGAAGAUGUUUUAUCCCGACAGCAGCAGUGUGAACUCUCAACGUGCAGACCGUGUGAUUCUCCGGAACUUGUGUGUGAUCAUGCCGACCGAGUGCAAGGCCGAUCUCAUCAACAAGCUUCAGGAAUACGGCGAGUCAGUUUCCUCGAGCAUGACAGUGCUCCAGCUGAAAGCUCGCCUGGCAGAACUGAAGGAGUCCGACAAGGAGUCCGACCGCCAGGUCCUGAAGAGCAAGAUCCAGGCCCUGAACAAGGCUGCAAAGAAGAAGGCACACAUCAUGGAGAUGGCAGAGAAGGAGGGCAUUCCUGUGGGACCUCACAUGACGAUUGCUCAGAUGUACAGCCGAUUGGAGGAGAAAAUGACUAUGGAGACACCACCAACUCCGUGGGAUGUGGCCAACUUUGGCAAACAUGCCGAAUGCCAGUACAAGGACAUCCUGCAGACACAUCGCUCCUACGGCAGCUGGGUGAUCGACACAGCAGCAGAGAAUCCGGGCAGUCAUUGGCGACUUCGUCGCCUGGCAGAAUGGCUCAAGGAGAACUGGGACAGGCCUUUGACUCAAGGCCCAACAAUCCGCUCCUUGACAACUCCGACAGCUCGUGGACGGAGUUCGGGCUACCAGCCGCCAGCUCGCGAGCGAGACAGCGACCACACGGACAGCUCAUUUGUCAAGGUGAAUCAGUCCGAUUCAGACCAAGAUGUGGAUCGCCUGAAGGCAGAACUGGAGCAGCUGAAGUCAGAGAAUGCCAUGCUCUCCAAGCAGAUGGAGAGGAGCAAGCCCCGCAAGGAGAUGUGA